AGGAAAAGCAAAGAAGUAUGGAAGUCGAUGUUUCCAAGUUUGACAUUGAUGCCCCAAGAUGGGAUCAGAAUACAUUCAUUGGUCGCUUGAAGCACUUCUUCAAUAUUACAGACCCCAGGACAGUGGUUGUGUCUGAACAAGAGCUGGACAAAGCUAAGCUGCUUGUUGAGGCUUGCAGAGCAGGUGGCUCUCCACCAGGCACCAGCAUAGAACAACUGCACUACGCCAAGAAGCUCUACGACUCCGCCUUCCACCCUGACACCGGAGAUAAGAUGAACCUGAUUGGCAGAAUGUCUUUCCAGGUCCCUGGAGGAAUGGCAAUCACUGGCUGCAUGCUACAGUUUUACAGGACCGUUCCCGCUGUGGUGUUUUGGCAAUGGGUUAAUCAGUCAUUUAACGCGCACUUGUAAAUUAUACCAAUCGGAAUGCUGCAUCUCCCAUCACGCUUGGGCAGAUCGGAGUUGCCUAUGUGACGGCUACCAGUACUGCUCUGGCCACAGCAGUGGGGCUUAACCUGUAUACCAAGGUAUGGACGAUGCCACUUUUGUCCCUG